AUGGCUGAGAAAGAAAAGGCAGUUGAGAAGGAAGAUGAUCCUCAAGAAACGAAUGCCGUAAGUCUCAGGAUUUCUAAAUUCUGGCCGGACCGUCCAGCGCUGUGGUUCGCGCUUCUGGAAGGCCAAUUUGCGUUGCGGGGAAUCACGCAGGACGCAACGUGUUACGGGCACGUGUUGGAGCAAUUAGAUGCGAAGACUGCAGCCGAGGUGGAAGACAUCUUAAUUAAUCCACCUGAAAAUGGAAAGUUUGAGAAGCUCAAGCAAGAAUUAAUUGCGAGGUUCUCUCAUUCGAAGGAGAAGAGGAUCCGGAAGCUGCUGGAACACGAGGAGAUCGGCGAUAGGAUACCAUCACAAUUCCUCCGUCAUUUAAAGACUCUCGCGGAGGCGGACGUGCCGGAGGAUCUUUUAAAAACGAUUUGGAAGAAUAGGCUUCCAACAAGCGUUCAGACGGUGUUGGCUACCCAAGAUGAUGCGACGUUGGACAAGAUGGCGACGCUCGCAGACAAAGUCAGCGAGAUAAGUCCCCCCGGAAGGGGAGGUACCGUCGCCGAGUGUACCGACAUGGAUCGGCUGGUAAAGCAGAUCGCAGCGUUGGUGACGGAGAAUCUGCGCCGGGAGUAUCGUCCACCAGGUCGAUCGCGAUCGCGAGGGCGCAACCUACCAAGAGGGAGGUCCAGUUCCCGGAAGAGGGACGAGCAGCGUGGGG